AUGCGUUGCACCACCCUCUUCCUCGCCGUCGCCGGCUCUGCCGCCACCGCUGCCGCAACCGACGCCGCUGUCAUUACCAACAACCCUGCUGGCGCUGUCUACGUCGCUACUUUCCCCAACCGCGAGGAUACCCCCGUUCGUGGCUCCGUGGCUGCCUCCUCUGUCGGCGGCGGUACUGGUGUCCAGUUCCAAAUCUCCAUCUCUGGUCUCCCGCUCGACAAUGGCCCAUACACGUACCACCUCCACGACCAGCCUGUUCCCGAGGAUGGCAACUGCACCAAGACGCUUGCUCACCUUGACCCCUACGAGCGCGGCGAGGAUCCCGCCUGUGACGCCGACGAGCCUCAGACCUGCCAGGUCGGUGAUCUCUCUGGCAAGCACGGCAAGCUCAGCGCUCCUGGCCACUCUCAAAGCUACACGGAUGACUAUGCCGCUCUGGUUCCCGGAAUUGGUGCCUUCUUCGGCAACCGCAGCGUCGUCGUCCACUUCCCCAACAAGACCCGCAUCACUUGCGCCAACUUUGUCCAGGUCGGUGCCGGUUCCAAUGGCACUUAUGGCAACUCCACGACCCCGAUCAUCAGCAAGCCUAGUGUCCCGACUGCCACUCCCAGCACUCCUGCCACCACGCCCGGUGGCACCUCUCUUCCUUCCUCUGGCGCCACGCGCGACACUGUGUUCAGCGGAGCCGUUCUUCUGGCCGCAUUUGCUGCUCUGAUGUUGUAG